CAUAAUUUGAUAUACAGUAUUGUAUUAUUCGGAUGUAUUUUACAUUUUAAAUAUUUAAAUCUAAUAUGUAUUCCCAGUUCAUUAGUUUUUUAUUCAUUAUAUUCAUUGUAUUGAUAAGAAAAACAAAUUCAUUAGGCACACAUGUUGUAUUAAACGAUGGCAAUAAAAUGCCCACAAUAGCCAUCGGAACGGGAGGCACUGGUCUAACCAGUCGAUCAAUGGUUGAAAUGAUCAAAAACGCUGUUAACUCUGGCUAUCGACACAUCGAUACGGCUUUUAUUUAUAACAAUGAAUAUGAAAUCGGAAUUGCUUUGAGUGAACUGAUUGACAAAAAGACUAUCAAUAGAGAAGACAUUUUUAUUACAACAAAAAUCUGGAAUACAUAUCAUUCAUACAAUAGGGUCCGGGAGGCGGUCAGUGAGUCGCUAACUAAUUUAAAUGUAGACUAUUUAGAUUUGGUGCUCAUUAAUUGGCCGAUGGGAUACAAAGAAGGUAUUGAUACUGAACCGUUGGAUCAGUCAGGUUAUGUAAUUCCUUCAUCGUAUGACUAUUUGGAAACGUGGGGAACAUUAGAACAAUUGGUUAGUGAAGGAAAAAUUAAAUCCAUAGGUGUGUCCAACUUUAAUAGUGAACAAUUGAGUCGAUUGCUUGAAUCGGCGCAAAUCAAACCAGUGGUCAAUCAAAUAGAAAGUCAUCCGCACUUAGUUCAGGACAAACUAAUAGACUUUUGCCACAAAUCCAAUAUACAUGCGACCGCUUACAGUCCAUUAGGAGGCGGAAGACUAUUGUAUCAAACGCCUGAGUUAACUAAAAUUGCUAAUAAAUAUAAGAAAAGUGUGGCACAAAUAAUGAUAAAAUUUCAAAUAGAAAGAGGAUUAUCGGUUGUUCCCAAAAGUGUUGUUCCCCAACAUAUCAAAGAAAAUAUUAAUGUCUUUGACUUUACACUAAGUGCUGAAGAUAUUAAACAAAUCAAAAAUCUAAAUCAUAAUAUCAGGUAUACAAUUGAAGAAAAAGCAAAAAAUCAUAUUUACUACCCGUUUCACAACGAUUACUAAUUUAUUAUUUUAAUAUAAAUCUAUUUUAAUAAAAUUAA